AUGAAUCGAUUCGUGAGAUCCGCCUUUCUCAACUCAUCCCGUUCCUUCUGCCGGUCUUCGAAAGUCGCAGCGUAAGUGUUUAAGACCAUACGCAAGCUCGAUCACCGUGAAAAUUUGAAAUUUGAAAAAUUGAAAACCCAGGGGACUCGUUAUUAAUGCCGCGUCCAAUGUCUCGGAAAAACCGUAAAAACCGCAGAUUUUUCUGUCCAAAGUCGGCCGAAAUUUGCGUGAAAAACGGGGGUGCGCACAGCUCAAUGAGUGUAACCGUACCCCUAAAACUACGGUAUUUUUUGAAAAUUUGCGCAAAAAAUUUGAAUAUUUUCAAAUAACCUCAAGAAAUUAACAAAUUUUCAAAAAAUACCGUAGUUUUAGGGGUACGGUUACACUCAUUGAGCUGUGCACACCCCCGUUUUUCACGCAAAUUUCGGCCGACUUUGGACAGCAAAAUCUGCGGUUUUUACGGUUUUUCCGAGACAUUGGACGCGGCAUAAUAUAGCUAGCUAAUUCGCGUUUAUAACUGGACCUAAUUAGAUAGCUAAUUUACUGGGAUUAGAUUGCAAAUUCUUCUAAAUAAACUGGUAAAUUUUCUAAUUAAAUUGACAAAGCAAAAUUUGUCUAAUUAGAUUGAUAAAGAACUGAUAUUAGAUUCACAAUUCAUCAAAUUAGAUUAUAGUUUUCGGUCAAAGUGUUAAUCUAAUUAGAUGAAUUAUGAAUUAUCGAUUUCCCUGAGAAUUUCGACGUUCGAUAAAAAUACUAUUGUUGAAGAACUAACAUACGUAGAAGGAUUUCAGAAAACAAACAUGUCUGUUCGACACGCAUAAGAAGUAUGGCGGAAAGUUUGCUGAGUUCGCUGGCUAUGACAUGCCAACGCAGUACGCAGACCUUUCGAUCAAAGAAUCGACGAUUCACACAAGAAAGCAUGUGAGCAUUUUCGAUGUGUCUCACAUGCUCCAAACACACAUCACCGGCAAGGACAGAGUGGCUUUUAUUGAGAGCCUGACAACAGCUGAUGUGCAGGGACUGAAAGAAAACAGCGGAACUCUGUCGGUGUUUACAAACGAAAAGGGAGGAAUCAAGGACGACUUAAUCAUCAUGAAAACCGACAAAGACUUCCUUUUCCUAGUCACAAAUGCCGGAUGCAUCGACAAAGACCUUCCAUAUCUUCUUGAAAAUGCGACUGCGUGGAGAGCCCAGGGAAAAGACGUUAAGAUCGAAACUUUGGAUAAAAGAGGACUUGUCGCUGUGCAGGGUCCAGAAAUGGCAAGAGUGCUUCAGGAGGGAACGGACAUCGACUUGUCAAGUCUAACUUUCAUGAAGACAGCAGUUGGAAAAGUUUUCGGAAUCGACGGAUGCAGAGUAACCAGAUGUGGAUACACUGGAGAAGAUGGAGUCGAAAUCUCCGUCGAUCCAUCUAAGGCAGCUAAUCUUGUCGACACCCUUCUUGCUUCUCGUGCUGGAAACGUGAAACUCGCUGGAUUGGGAGCCCGUGAUGCUCUCCGUCUUGAGGCAGGAUUGUGUUUAUACGGAUCUGAUAUAGAUGAGAACACGACACCGAUUGAAGCUGGACUCGCCUUUGUUGUUGGUAAGAUUCUUGUGUUUUGAAUUCUGAAGGAAUUCUUGAAAGUUUCCAGCUAAGCGCCGCCGUGAAACACUCGAUUUCCCUGGAGCUGAAAAGAUUGUGAAGCAGUUGAAAGAGAAGAGCUGGGCAAAACGAAGAGUGGGACUGCUUGCCGUGCCGGGAAGAUGCCCUCGCUCCCACCUGCCGCUCAUCGAUCCGCUCGAUAAGUGCGCAAUCGGAUUCGUCACCUCCGGAUGCCCGUCCCCGACACUUGGAAAGAACAUCGCCAUCGCUUACGUGGACAGUUCUCAUGCAAAGAAUGGCACCAAGUUCGUCGUCGACUUCGGCGCCAAGCAGUCGGGUGUUGAAGUCGUCAAAAUGCCAUUUGUCCCGACCAGUUAUUAUACCGGGAAAAAGUAA